UCUUCUGUCUGACAAGACAAGAGUGGCCAGAGUCCACCGGUCAUUGCCAUUCAAGGGCAUCCGUCUGCAGCCCCCGGCGGGCAGAACGGCAGUGCGGCCUCUGGGACUGAUCCGUAUGGGUGCUUCCUCCUGGACGGCCCUCCAGCGCCGGACAUGUGUACAUUGACGAGGUCCAGACCAGGGCAUCUGCAGCAAUGGGAGACUGGAGCCUACUGGGGAAGCUUCUGGAGAGUGCUCAGGAGCACAGCACCGUGGUGGGCAAGGUCUGGCUGACCGUCCUCUUCAUCUUCCGCAUCCUGGUGCUAGGCGCCGCUGCCGAGAAGGUGUGGGGCGACGAACAGUCGGGCUUCACCUGCGACACCAAGCAGCCCGGUUGCCAGAACGUCUGCUACGACAAGACCUUCCCCAUCUCGCACAUCCGCUUCUGGGUGCUGCAGAUCAUCUUCGUUUCCACGCCCACGCUCAUCUACCUGGGCCACAUCCUGCACCUGGUGCGCAUGGAGGAGAAGCAUAAGAACAAGGACAAGGAGCUGCUGCACCACCAGUCGCUCCAGCAUCAUGCCGACGACAAGCAGCUGCUAAUCGCCACGGGCGCCACCACCAUCACCAACGUCAAGGUCAAGAAGGCACCCGUGCGAGACGCGCAGGGUCACAUCCGCCUGCAGGGCGACAUCCUCCGCACCUAUGUCUUCAACAUCAUCUUCAAGACCCUUUUCGAGGUGGGCUUCAUCGUGGCACAGUACCUCUUGUACGGCUUCGAGCUGAAGCCGCUCUACACGUGCGACCGGCCGCCGUGCCCCAACCGCGUGAACUGCUACAUCUCCCGCCCGACGGAGAAGACCAUCUUCAUCGUCUUCAUGCUGGCGGUGGCCUGUCUCUCGCUGCUGCUCAACCUGGUGGAGAUGUACCACCUGGGCUUCACCAAGUGCCAACAGGGACUCCGCUACAAGCAGAUGGAGCUGGCAUCAGAGGCGCUCUCCAAGACGCCGAGCGAGACCACUGCUGUACCCUUCGUGCCCAAUUAUAGUUACUACCACCCGGACCCUACCCCUUACCCCCCUGCCCCCGGGUAUAGCCUCUCGCCCAUGAAUGGGUCGGAGUCCUCCUUCCAGCAGUACAACAGCAAGGCGGCGUACAAGCAAAACAAGGACAACCUCGCCAUGGAGAGAAAUAGCAAACCCGAGGAAUGUGACCCGAAAACGAAAAAGGGUUCGGGGUCCGUCCCGGGGUCACCCGCCUCCACCCGCCAUGGCAGGUCUGCUCGACCCCCCCGCCUCAUACCCCACAAGACCAGAAUAGAUGACCUCAAGAUCUGACUCCCAUUUCAGAGGGCGGGAAAUGGAUGAAUUGACUCGCUUCUUUUGGUGUUAUAUUUGCAUCCUCUUAUUUGAGACAAAGACUGUCUCUUGUGGCUUGAUCAAAUGUGAUCAUAUUCCUGUUGUGUAUUCUGUUUUUUUAUGAUGAUAAUAUUGUACUUGUUUGUUACUUUGUGACACAAAAGAGGUUCCUAUGUGGUACAUGUAUAUGUUGUUAAGUAGCAGAUGUUCAUUCACAUACAUUCAUAUUUUAUUUCACAAGUUAAACCUGACAUUUUUGUGGCAUUUUAAACAGCAUGCUCUUCAUAUUAUGUUCCCAGUUGUAGAUACUGUAUAAUACCACACAUCAUCAUAUGAAACCAUAUUUCAGUGUAGAUGCUGGGUAUGAUUCAUUCCUGAUGUCUUAAACAGCCCUAUGUUUCUUUCUCUGUGAUUUGUUGUUUUACAACCUGCUCUGAGAAAGGAGUAAGAAACCAGAGAGCUGGAAUUCAGCGAGUCUGUAUUAGGGCAUUGGAAAAUAUUUUAUUAAACCGACCUCUGCCAUUGACAUAAUUUA